UUGUUAAUUUAUUUUAUUUUGGGUUUUCCUACACUGCACAAUUACGACGACGUUCAAUAUUUGUAAUAUCGGCGCAACUCUCUUAAUUAAGAGUUCGACUAAUUUGGUUGCGAACAUUAAAAGUUUUUACUGGAUCAUAAUUUGUUAAAUUGUUAUAUCGAUAUGAAUUCCUCAUAGUAUUUGAUAUUUAAACAAUAGAGACAAUAAUUGGGAUGCGUGCCGAAUCGUUUGACUUCUAAAAAUUCUUCUACGCAAACCAAACUGUGCGAUAAAAGAAAAAUAUAAUAAAAAUAACGCACAUACUAAGUAUAAGGUGCCAACGGAAGUAGCUCCGCAAACUAAUGUGAAAAAAAAUAUUUGUACUUCAAUUAAAGUAUGGACAAUAUCGAGCUAACGUCGUGUGACAAAAGGUUGUCGAAUAAUAAACAGAUAUCAGCUGAGAGCUGUUCAAAUGACGACGAGGGAAAGGAAAUAGCAAUGGAAACUGUGGAGGAACUUCUGGAGAGUGUAAUCACAGAGCUAGCCGAUGAUAAUUAUAUUGAAAGUGACUCCCGGUCAACACCAACGAAGACAGAUAAAAGCAGUAGUGACAGCGGCGUUUGUGUCAACAUGGAGGAGCAAUCAACUACCAAUAAUAUGGACAUAAAUCCAGAUAUAGAUAUGAAUUCUACCGAUGUAAACAGUGCUGACAACCUGUAUACGUCUCCUAAUUAUUCAGGAAACAAUUUAGUACUUUGCUCUACCUUCAAUGAGGAAUCCGCAACUCAAGUUCACGAUGACCAAAAAUCGAAAACAUCAUUAAAAUGUAAUGUUGAAAAAGAAACGGAAGAACUAAUAGUUAGCAAAACUAUAGAGGUAAAACAACUUUGUAGUAGCGAUGAUAUAAUUGAAUUACCCGCUUGGCCACGUCAUACACGCCGUGGUGCUCGUAACUACCGACAAAGUACCCACGAUGAAGAAGAGGAAGCUGAAGGGGAAGGAGUCACUGUUAACGCAACUGAGGAAGAGCAAAUGCCGUUGCUGUCGGAAUCAACAACUCAAUCCACAAAUGCAGAAGCUGUUAAUAAUAUUGACACAUCAAUGCCUAGCGAAGCUGAAAAUUCGCCUGCCAUUUCCGACAGUGUCAAUAGGAUGCCGUAUAUAAGCAGUAGUCCAAUUUUCAGCGACGACGAUGAUGAUAUUGAUGAAGACGAUGACGACGAUAAUGAUGAUUAUAAUGACGACGAUGACGACGAGGACGACGAGGACGACACUGAUGAUGAUGACGAUGAUGAUGAUGAAGCUAACUCAACUGAGCAUGCUAGUAAUUUGGCUGAAAUUAUGAAUAAACCUAAACCCACAUAUACCUGGUGUUUGACGUAUGAGCUAAUGCGUCGUGAACAUGGACUGAGUGGCGAUGGCCGCAGAUCUUUGAGUGGUGGAUUAUCUCCAGGUUUCAAUGCACGUUUUUACGCAGCUCGACACGUUAUCGAACGUAUGAAAAUAUCCCAUUGCCUAACAAAGCAUAGUGGUUGCGUAAAUUGCUUAAAUUUUAAUAUCAACGGCGACUUACUCUGCUCUGGUUCAGAUGACACACGCAUAAUAGUAUGGAAUUGGGCGCAAAAGAAGCCUAAAUGCGUUUUUAAAUCUGGACAUACUGAGAAUAUAUUUCAAACGAAAUUUAUCAAUAGUGCAGGUGUUCUAGAUAUUGUAUCCGCUGGUCGUGAUGGUCAAGUACGACGUUCAAUUCUACCGUCAUCUGGAGGAAAACCACAAACAUCAUUGCUAUAUCGUCAUAAUGACUCCGUGCAUAAACUUGUGAUGAGCCCAAAUAACCCCUAUGAAAUUAUAAGUGCCGGCGAGGAUGCCCAUAUCCGUCUUAAAGAUUUACGUAGCGACGAGAGCUCAACUAUCCUUUGUAAAGUGCAGAGCAGCAGAAAGAAACGCAAAAUACGGCUUUUCAGCAUUGCUCAUCACCCCUACGCUCCGGAAGUAUGCGUAUGCGGCUGUGAUAACUUCGUUCGUGUCUUCGAUAAGCGCAAUAUGACCAAACCAGUGCAUCAAAUGUGUCCCGAACAUUUAGUUAAAAAUGCUUUGCCUCAAGUUACUUGCGCGGUCUACAACAAUACGGGUAGUGAGGUGCUCGCCUCUUACAGCGAUGAUUUCAUCUACUUAUUCAAUAAUAACAAGUACAAAACAGGCGAAUAUCUACAUCGUUACCGUGGUCAUUCCAAUCACAAAACUAUUAAAGGGGUAAACUUUUUCGGACCCAAUUCAGAGUACGUCAUCAGUGGAAGUGAUUGUGGUAAUAUAUUUUUCUGGGAUAAAAAUACUGAAGCUAUCUUAAAUUUUAUGCCUGGCGAUACCAUGGGUGUGGUAAAUUGCUUAGAGCCACAUCCAUCAAUUCCGGUACUGGCUACAUCUGGGCUAGACAGCAGCAUAAAAAUAUGGACACCAAGUAGUGAUGUGUAUCCUCCUGAUUUGUCUAAACUCGAAACAUGUGUUAAACGGAACCUCAGACAUUCUGUAUUGGGCGAUGCCAACAGGCUUAAUGACGGUGAAUUCCACAACUUUAUACACCAAUUUCUUAGUCAUCCUCCUCGUCGUGGUACGUAUCCGUCAGUUGAGGAUGAACAAAAUAGCAGUAGCAGUAGCGAAGGUGAUAGUGAUGGCUUCGAUUGUCCGCAAAUGGAAGGUAUACAAUGCCAAACACAAUAAA